AUGGAUAGGCCCUGCGAGAAUGCCAAACAGAACGGAAGAGUUGAGAACAAUGGAUCCUUGGACGUCACCAAUAAAUGCCGUCCUGUUGGAGUCGGAGAGCAACUACCAGAGACCAUGGAAUUCCGCCGUGACCCUGUCAAAGGCGAAGGUCUGUUCGCGCGGCGCGACAUUUCUGUCCACGAGCCAAUCUGUGCUCUACCAUAUUCCAUCUUCAUGGCUCUCGAGACGGAGAAGCUUACAACCACAUGCUAUUCUUGCCUGGCCGUCACGUCUUCGCACAUUCCCUACAUCAAAGGCACCGCUCAGGAAGAACUGAGUUUGAAAACAUGUACAGGGUGUUCCCAGGUCAAAUUCUGCGGCAAGGCAUGUCAGACGAAGGCCUGGAAGGCGUACCACAAACUCGAGUGCAGGAUUUUCGAUCUGUACCGCCACAACUUCCCUCCUAUGAUGAUCCGAGCGGCUAUGCGUGUCGUCCUUCUGAAAGACAAAGGCUUGCUACCGCAACAAUAUUGGAACGCACUCACGAACGACGUCGUCUCGCAUGAAGAUAUCUGGAAGGCCGCCCCUGAGAACAACAUCACGGCAAUGGUACGUGAUAUCAAGUUCGUCACCAAUUCAAAGCUUUCUCUAGAAACCAUCACCAGAAUGUUCUGGGUCAUGCGAACCAACUCAAUCGAGCUGCCCGUCUCGGUCCACGGGGGCAUCGGCACUAUGCUUGAUCCCUUCUUCGCCAAGUUCAACCAUAAUUGCGAUGCCAACGCUAUGCUCUAUCGCCCAUGGCAUACCGUCGAAAGCGGCUGGAACUUGGAAUCCAACCCCAAACCAGAGCAAAGAAGCAUAUUCGCCACGGUCAUUCCACUUCGGGACAUCAAAAAGGGCGAAGAGCUCACCAUUUUCUACUCCGACCCUACCCUGUGCGUCAAGGAAAGAAAUGCAAAGCACAUGAUGAACUACUAUUUCGAAUGUACCUGUUCCAGAUGCGUUGAAGACACCAAGACCGCCACCGAGGUUGAAGACCGAAUGCCCGUCUUAUCGGCCCAGUAUGUGGCGUUGGCGCAAGGUGUGCUUCGCCAACUGGAGCAGUUACGGGCGGAUGAAGAGGGAGGACGUCUAGCGUACGACAGAGCAAGUCAGGCUUGGGAGGAUGGUAUAGCACAAUACCUGGACUUUCCACAGCUGUACACUGCUGGCGACUUUGACCAGAUUUCACUCCACCUCGCGGUCAGUGGCCUCCAACUGGGCACGUUCGACAAAGCACUGAUCAACCUGCUUCGGUCAUACUUCCUCAUCUACCCCUCGCGCAUACCGGGCCGGCACAACUAUUCCAACAUCCACAUCAUGUUUGUCAUGCUCGAGACUUUCGACAUUUUGCUUGGCAUCAAUUGCAAGGACAAGACGAUGGAAGUUGCCAGGUCGGCCGACGUCAAGGGUUCACUUCGACGGCUUUCGAAGCGUGGCUUCAGCAUUCAAACACUGCUAUACUGGAGACUGCGAAUCUGUGUGCACCUGCGGAAGUGUCUCGAGGCAUCGGCGGCAAAGGACUUGCUUCCACUGGUUGCGCGAAUGCAGGAUCGCGUGCUACUUCAUGGAGGCUCUGAGGCCGGUCCUGAGGAGGAUCCCUUUGCUGAGGACGCUAUGAAGAAGUACCUCAAGCUGUCCGAGGCUAGGUGGAAAGUCGUGCUGAAUGAGACGGGUUGCUAG